GAAAUUUGAAUGGAAAUGAGAGACAAUUUCUCAAGGAAAAUAUACCCCAGUUUCUUGGAUUUUUCGAGGCAACCGACUAUUACAACGAGACGAAUCUUUUCAAAAUGCAAAUGAUUUUUGAGAAGAUUGGAUAUGAUGACUCCUUAAUGGUGUUCGAUCGUAUCGCACCAUCUUGUGAGGAAAUGUUGGUACAGUGCAGAUGGAAUGGAGAAAAUGUUGAUUGUUUGAAAAUUUUCGAAAAUAGUCUUACAAACGAUGGACUGUGCUGUUCAUUUAACUACUAUGGCUCAAGGUUUGACUUCAAGCCCGAGCAUACAAUUUUCACAGGUUCAAGCAGUGGUCUAUCAGUAACCAUCAAUACUCUACGACAAAAAGUUGAUUAUUCUAAAGAAAAAUCUGUGGGAAUCAAGGUAACAAUCCACAAUUCCUUAGAAUAUCCAGGAUUCGAUAGAACAUUCAGGACAGUUUCAGUUGGCAAUUCUAUUUUCUUUCAAAUUACCGCAAAUAAAUUGACGAACACAGAGGACAUUGUGUAUUUGACCAGGAAUCAGAGAAAAUGCGUAUUUUCUGGCGAAAAACCCUUGAAAUAUCAUCACAGCUAUUACUUCGCAAAUUGUUUGGUGGAGAAUUAUUCUAGAUUGAUCUUCAAAUUUUGCGGAUGCGUACCGUUCUAUUACACUUUUUCAGCAAAACCAAAAUGCAGCAUCAGUCAGAUGGAAUGUUUACAGAGAUUUAUAAGAGAACGUCGAGCAAGAGAUACAACCGAUAUCAAUUGUCCCCCCAGAUGUGAGAAUAUCAUCUACAAGGUAUUCUCAAGUAGAGUACAGAUGAACAAUGUGUCAAUUGCACUCAGUGAAGAGAACAAACACAAAAUAUCAGAAGACCCCGGCGUGAGAAUCAACGUCUUCUUCACCGGCACACACACCCUACUGUCCAGGGACGUAGUAGCCUCAUCUCUGGGUCUACUGUCCUCCAUCGGUGGUAUAUACGGAUUAUUUAUGGGAUGCAGCAUCAUAACAAUUGUUGAAGUGAUUUAUCACGGCACGCUACGCUUUUUGGUGAAUUUAGGCUGGCUGGUGAGGGCCAGAAGAGGACACAAAAAAAGGACGAAUAAUCCUGAAAGUGAAUUUAGGAGCGGCUGGACCCAGAGAAGAGAUGAAGCGGGGAGGAUCUAAAGGCAUUACUUUCGGUGGAAUUGGUCAGCUUUGGCCACGGGCUCUGUGCAUUCGAGUGACAGUGGCGGCUCGUUAAGGUGGACAGUGUCGAUAUAUAAGAGGGGGGAUGCUGUGAAAAUUAUAAAUAUCAAUAUCAUGAUGAUAUUCUGCUGAAAUAUUCAUAAUUUGGAGCAAUCAUCUAUUGAUAAGAGUCAUUAUCAGGUGAAAGAUAAAAUUAAAUUCUCGAAAAUUGUUAUUUCAAUUGUAAAUUGAUGAUUUGCAUAUUAUAUUUCACAGAAGAGGAAUGGUUCUAGAUGUUGAGAUCGCUUAUUCUGUAAAUUCUGUCAAAGUAGCGUCUUUUUCAGUUAGCCUACGGUGUUCAUCCUCAAAUGCAAAGUAAUGAAAUGGAUACAUAAAGUUCUGAAUUCAUUUUUCUGAUCUAUAAGAUUAGAUUUAACUUUUGAUUGGAUUUGAUUUUUUGUCAGUUGCAAUUGUAUUUCCAGACAAAAAAAGUAUAUAUAAAAACAAAUGUCAGAUAGGGAUGGUUUUGGCAUAAUGAUUGUCAUAAUUUUGAUAUUUAUAUUGAAUUGUCUUCACCAAGUAGACUCAUUUGAUAUUUAAAAUGUGAAAAUUAUAAAUUCAACUUCUAACGACUAUCCCUGUUUUGAAUAUUGAAUACAUGAGGUUCUAACAUGAUGGAAAUUCAUCAUAAAUAAAAGGAAACGAAGAAAUUUUUACAAAUAUUUCAAAGAUGUAUUCCCUGUUCUGAGAAUUAUUUCAAUUUGUAAUGUUUAGUCGUCUUCGUUUGAUACGCCACUGAAUGAACCUACUACGUCAGCAAUCCAGUAAUGUUUGAGCUAUUUCUUCAUGGUUGUGACGUAAUCUAGUAAAUUUGUCUUUUGAAAUGCACUUGCUUCGUUUCGUUCGUCAGUGGCUUAGAUUUCGCUUUGUAAGUAGUACCUAAAUAUAUUGUGCCACCAAUGUCCUAAAAAGAACCAUAUUUGUUUUCAAUGGAAAAAUGUGAUCACAUAAUUAUGAAUGAGCUAUGUGUACUUCUUUCUUGUUCUUGUAUAAUAAAUUUGACAUUAAAUAGUUAAGCCAA